CCCACAGUGUCCUUCGCUCCUGUGUGCUGAAGAACUUCAUGGAUGAGUGGAAAAUGUGUGGGUGACCCUGAGCUGAGUGGAGCGGGGAGGGGCAUCCUGGAUGGUGUGGAAGGGCCUUGGGGUGCAAGGAGGCUGCAGCGUGUCAGAGAAUGGUUGGAACCCCAAUUCAAUAGUGUUGCCUUAAAGACCCAGAUUCAGGGCUGAGGAGUGGAUCUCAGGGAGGUUGAGGCCAGCCUGGUCUACAUAGUAAGAACCAGUCUCAAAAAAAAAAUUGUUUAAUAUUCCAUCUUAUUCUGGGGGACAGGGACUUUUGCUAAAAAUAGAGCUCCCCAAUGCGACUCCUGUGGUUGUGUUCCCUGAACUCUGAGUCCAGAGCUACAGAAUCAGACCUAGAAUCCCCCAGUGAGGGGCUGGAGGCGUGGCCAGGGUGGGGCCCCGCCUAGAAUCCCCAGUGAGGGACUGGGGCAGUCUGCAGGCUGAGGUCAUGGUGGGCGGGUAAGUAGAGGGGGGCAGCGCAGGGAGGAGCCCUGUAGGAAGCUCAUGAGGAAGUAGACCCGUGUCUGAGGACGUGCAUCCUCUGAGUCACAAAUCCUGGAAGCCAGGGUCAGGGAGAGGAAGCCACGCAAGGUCUUCCUGUUUUUUGGCCCUGAACGUUAGAGCCCUGUGUUCUGGGACUGAUGUUCCCUCCAUCGCCCCCACCUACUGGGGCUCCAGAUCCCCAAGACACACGAUCGUGGGGGGAGGGAGGGCUGGGAGAAAUCUCUGCUGCCUGGAUGAGGAAACUGAGGCCCAGAGUUGGUUGAAGAUUGAUGAAGCUGCUGAGAGUCCCAUGAGGGGUGCCUGGGACCUGAACUGCACCCCUUUCUGUCUGAGAGGAAGGGGCUCGCGCGCCCCCUGCCGGCUGCUGUUGGAACUGCAGACCGCGCCACUCACCCCAGUCCUGACUUGCAGGUGUCACCUGCGGCCACCUGGUCCUCGCCAUGCGGACCCCGCGAGCGCCUCCUCCCCGCCCAGCCUUGCUGCUGCUCCUGCUGCUGCUCCUGGGGGUCGCUCAAGGUCUCUUCCCGGAAGAACCACCUCCACUCAGCGUGGCCCCCAGGGACUACCUGAGCCACUACCCCGUGUUCGUGGGCAGCGGGCCUGGUCGUCUGACCCCUGCGGAGGGUGCCGAGGACCUCAACAUCCAGCGGGUGCUACGCGUUAACAGGACACUGUUCAUCGGGGACAGAGACAACCUGUACCAGGUAGAGCUGGAACCGUCCACAUCCACAGAGCUGCGGUACCAGAGGAAGCUGACCUGGCGCUCCAAUCCCAGUGACAUCAAUGUGUGUCGGAUGAAGGGCAAGCAAGAGGGCGAGUGUCGAAACUUCGUCAAGGUGCUCCUGCUUCGUGACGAGUCCACGCUCUUCGUGUGUGGCUCCAAUGCAUUUAACCCCAUCUGCGCCAAUUACAGUAUGGACACGCUGCAGCCUCUCGGGGACAACAUCAGCGGCAUGGCCCGCUGCCCCUACGACCCCAAGCAUGCCAAUGUCGCCCUCUUCUCAGAUGGAAUGCUCUUCACAGCCACGGUGACUGACUUCUUAGCCAUCGAUGCUGUCAUCUACCGCAGCCUCGGGGACCGGCCCACCCUGCGCACAGUGAAGCAUGACUCCAAGUGGUUUAAAGAGCCCUACUUUGUACAUGCGGUGGAAUGGGGAAGUCAUGUCUAUUUCUUCUUCCGAGAAAUCGCCAUGGAGUUUAACUACCUGGAAAAGGUGGUGGUAUCCCGCGUGGCCCGUGUGUGCAAGAAUGAUGUGGGUGGCUCCCCACGGGUGCUGGAGAAGCAGUGGACUUCUUUCCUGAAGGCCCGGCUCAACUGUUCUGUGCCUGGGGACUCGCACUUCUACUUCAAUGUACUGCAGGCUGUGACAGGUGUAGUGAGCCUGGGUGGCCGGCCGGUGAUCCUUGCUGUCUUCUCAACCCCCAGCAACAGCAUCCCCGGCUCAGCCGUCUGCGCCUUUGACAUGAACCAAGUGGCUGCUGUGUUUGAAGGCCGCUUCCGAGAGCAGAAGUCCCCCGAGUCCAUCUGGACGCCAGUACCUGAAGACCAAGUGCCACGGCCCAGGCCCGGGUGCUGUGCAGCACCCGGUAUGCAGUACAACGCCUCCAGUGCCCUGCCCGAUGAGAUCCUCAACUUCGUGAAGACCCACCCACUGAUGGACGAAGCGGUACCUUCUCUGGGCCAUGCUCCCUGGAUCGUGAGGACUCUGAUGCGGCACCAGCUGACUCGAGUGGCUGUGGACGUGGGUGCGGGCCCAUGGGGCAAUCAGACAAUAGUCUUCCUUGGCUCUGAGGUGGGCACCGUCCUCAAAUUCCUCGUGAGGCCCAAUGCCAGUGUCUCAGGGACCACCGGGCCCAGUGUCUUCCUGGAGGAGUUUGAAACCUACCGACCUGACAGGUGUGGACGGUCCAGCAGCGGUGGUGAGUGGGAGCAGCGACUGCUGAGCCUGGAGCUGGACACAACCUCAGGUGGCCUGCUGGCGGCCUUCCCCCGCUGCGUGGUCCGUGUGCCCGUUGCCCGCUGCCAGCUCCACUCGGGGUGCAUGAAGAACUGUAUUGGCAGCCAGGAUCCAUACUGCGGGUGGGCCCCUGACGGCUCCUGCAUUUUCCUCAGACCAGGAACCAGUGCCACGUUUGAGCAAGAUGUGUCCGGGGCCAGCACCUCAGGUUUAGGGGACUGCUCAGGUAAGCUGGGAAAGGGACUCCCCUGUGUAUCUGGGGGUGAGGAAGGUAGGAGCCUUUGGAAGGCUUUGGGCAGAGACAGUGACUCUGUGCUCCUGGGCGCCCUCUGGUGGCGACUGCAGGGAGGGAUGAAAAGAUACGGACUCCAGGAAAAAAAAAACACGGACAAGGGGCGUGGCUCAGACACAAAGUUCAUGCCUGGGGGUGUGGUCGGGGUAGAGCCUGGGUCUAGAACCCCCAGCGAUAAACUGGGCUCGGUCAGGGUGGAACCUGCCCCCCCCCCCCCAAAAAAAAUGGGCGUGUGACUCAGUG